CUUAAGAUUAGUAGAUAAAAAUUACAAGAAGUCAAGAAAAACCAAAAUAUUGAGUGUAACCAGCUAUCGGAAUUGGUGUAUUUUUUAAAUAUAUUUAGUUCCAAAUUUAAAACAGUUUGUGAAUUAUCAGCGCUGAAUUUGACACUUUAUUAUGGGAGCAAACGCGUCGCAGCUUGAAAAAGAGAUUGGAUCUGAGCAAUUCCCGACAAAUGAACAUUACUUUGGACUUGUCAAUUUUGGGAAUACUUGCUAUUCCAAUUCCGUACUUCAAGCAUUGUACUUCUGCAAACCAUUUCGUGAGAAAGUUUUGGAAUACAAGAUGAAGAACAAAAGAUCAAAGGAAACCUUGCUGACUUGUCUAGCUGAUCUCUUUCACAACAUUACCACACAGAAAAAAAAGGUUGGAACCAUAGCUCCCAAAAAGUUCAUUGCAAGGCUGAAGAAAGAAAAAGAAGAAUUUGACAAUUAUAUGCAACAAGAUGCCCAUGAAUUUCUUAACUUCUUGAUCAACCAUAUAAGUGAAAUUAUAACAGCUGAACGACACCAAUUAAAUAAUUCUGCGACUCCGACAACUAAUGGAAAGGUGACAACUUCUAAAGAACCCUAUAACGGUUCGACGUCUUUAAAGUUUGAUGGCAGCAAUGGAUCAAUGACUUCAACUGGAAACCAUGAAUCAACAUGGGUUCAUGAAAUAUUUCAAGGAAUUCUCACCAGUGAAACACGCUGUUUGAACUGUGAAACCGUCAGCAACAAAGAAGAAGAUUUCUUCGAUCUACAGGUUGACGUUGACCAAAACACUAGUAUUACCCAUUGUUUAAGAACGUUCUCAUCCACUGAAACCCUGUGCACCGACAACAAAUUCAAAUGUGAUGUCUGCAGCUCUUAUCAAGAAGCCCAGAAAUGUAUGAGGGUGAAGAAACUUCCCCUGAUUCUUGCAUUGCAUCUCAAGCGGUUCAAAUACGUCGAGCAAUACAAUCGUCAUAUAAAAGUAUCACAUCGCGUAGUUUUCCCGCUUGAACUUCGACUCUUCAACACCUCUGAAGAGUGUCCUGACAGACUGUAUGAUCUGGUUGCUGUGGUUGUCCAUUGUGGAAGUGGACCUAACCGCGGUCACUACAUUUCGAUUGUCAAAAGCCAUGACUUUUGGUUAUUAUUUGACGAUGAUAUAGUUGACAAAAUCGACCCAUCUGCGUUGGAGGAUUUCUAUGGUCUAACGUCUGAUGUACAAAAGGCCUCGGAAACUGGUUAUAUCCUCUUUUAUCAAUCUCGAGAUACGUCUUGAACUUGAAUCGUAUACGAGUACGAAGAGUUCUUGUUAUCGACCAACUCUAAGACUUGUGGUUGCUAAGCAGGAGAAUGAUAGUGAUGAGAAGCAUUUGAUUAUGCUUGAUUAGAGACUUUUCAGUGAAAAGUGUUCCUUUUGUAAAUGAUUGAUAUCCUAGAAGUUUGUUCAUAGUGAUAUUUCAUUUGUUCAAUAAUAAAAUUAUAAAUUUC